AGUUUAUUGAAGGAUAAACGUGUUUUCAUAAUAUGUUGUCAUUUUAUGUUGUAAAGAGACCAUAGUCAGAAAAGAGGAACAGAGAAUAGUCUGUUCCCCUUUUCUGUGGACCAUACACACACACACACACAUGAUUGCGAGUCACAAGACUCCCAUUGACAAAUAAAGCCGUUGGUUACAUACACUUCCUCAUGCAUGAUUUGUAACUGUAUUUUUGUAAUAAAGAGACUGCACUGAGAGAAGAGGAGCAGAGUUGGUUUUGGAGUUGACAUAACCUGUCACUCGCUGAUUCUCCUUGCAGCAAGUAAACUUGAAACUCGAGUACUGUUAUCUUUGUUCAUUGGGUUUUGGUAUAUUUGAACCGAGCUGGGGUUUACUCUUACAAAGUAAUAUAGAAAUACCCAACAUUAAUUGGUCCUUCGGAGCCGGAAUCCAACACAUCGUGACGGGAAGGAGGAGGGAAAAGACACGCCGCAAGUCUGUCGACAGCCGGGAUCAUCAGCCGACCCCGAGAAAGACCCGGGACGCAGAAUUCGUGGCCGGGCCGGUGCUUAUAUGUCCAACCUCCCUCAUCCUCGGCACGAUUGACGGAAUCCAACCGGACCAGUGACCACAGAUAACGGGUAAGAUAAAAGUUGAUAUACAUGGUUUCUCCACCAUUUAAGGAGGUAGAGAAAGGCUUCUCCGCCAUUUAAGGAGGAUUGACGUGUCUUUGGGUACACUUAUGAGAAAGGUUUCUCCACCAUUUAAGGAGGUAGAAAUUGACGUGCCUUUGGGUACACUUAUGAGUGAUUGAGUGAAAGUAGUGUGUAAAAGUGUCACCAGGUGGAAUCAGCGCACAGAGUGGAAACCUAACGGUGAUAACAAAAACUCUGUGGUCUGUUGAAGUACACUAGUGGUGAAUUAGGAAUUAGGUUCUGACCGGCACGUUGUCCAGUAGGAACACAAAGCUAGAAUAAUGGGGUCCAAUGGGAGUAAGCCUGCCGCUACAGGGGACAUGAGAUAUAUGGAAAUAUAUAGUCAUGGCAGCACCAGUUAUUGUAGCAAAUGGUAUAAACUGUACGGCUUCCGAGGAAAGUUGGAGAAAACAGCAGUAAGAGAAUUAAGCGACAAAUUGAGAGCAGAAACAGCUGGAACAACACAAGGCAAGAAAAGAAAGAAGUUAGAAGCUCAACUGCGAGUCGCAGCUUUAUGGGCUGAACAAGCCCAUAAAAGGAGCAGGCAGAGGCAGAGGAGGAGGCAGAAACGCAGAAGGCAAAUUCCUCUGCUACAGGUGCGGAAAGGAGGGGCACAUGGCGAGGGACUGUGAGGAACAGAUGUCACAGAUAAAAGAAGGGGGACAAAAGGGACAGUACAAAGACGAAAGACAUGGCCCCCCCCCUUCACAUAACCUACAUAGUUAUGACAACUGACUAGACGUAGAAAAGGAAGAAGAGGACGUCCACACACAUCACAUUGACCUUUCUGAAGUAUUACUGAAUCUGUCAGACAACAGUAUUAAACCUACCAGAACAAUCGAAAUCAAUGGGGACAAAUUUGAAUUUUUAUGUGACAGCGGUGCAGACUCAUCAGUAGUGAACAAAGAGGUCCAAAGAAUGUGGCCACCAACUGGCACUAUGUUUGUAAAAUCAGCAAAUGGACACAUAAAUCAGAGGUCGAUUUCAAAGCCACUUUUUAUGGAAGAUAGAAGGUCAGGCCUCCAGGCAUCCCUCAAAUUUGUGUUCAUCUCAAACUGCCCUGUCAAUUUGCUAGGGAGAGACGGCAUGGAAAUGUUAAAAAUCAGUGUAGUACCAGUCAAAGGGGGAAUGCGAGCAGUAGGGCCCGGAGAAAAGGUGGAAGACCAGGUCUUCCUUCAAAAAUCCAUAAACACCCCCAACUACUACUGGUCACUAGACAUGCCACAACCUGACGUGACAAACACAGGUGAACACCUGUUAACACUAUUCACCCCACAACAUGGCCAAGAAGUAAUGAAACCUGACGCAUUGCACGUUACACUAAAGUACAAGAACACCCCUGGCCCAGACAAAGACUAUGAUGUGCUCGUGCAUCGACUGACACCACAGAGGGUAGUGUUCCACUCGAUGUAUGCAAACCAACACGGGGAUGUUGUAAUUGACGCUAGGGUCCCAUCAACCACUGCCUUGAUAAUGGAACCAGGUUCCACGCCACACAUAUCAGUAGCUAGGGGCCCAGGGACUUCAUGGAGAGACUUAGGUUUAUUAGUGGCUAGAGGUAACAGGAUAACAAAAUGGACAGAUGACAAAAACGGUUGGCAAACUGGAGGCGGGUUAAAGCGCAAAACUCUAGGGUUUACUCUAGUGAUGACACCACGCGCCCACCUAGACGACCCUGAACAACAAUGAUGUAUGCUAAGUGAAGAGGCCUUAGAGGUCCUGAAAACGGUGCCGCCAUGCGUAUGGUCACAAGGAAAAUGUGAUGUAGGUCGCAUGGUGAACGCAAAACCUGUACACGUUAGACCAAAAACUAACUACAGACCUAACAUAAGACAAUACCCCUUAAAAGAGGAUGCAAAAGUUGGCAUCAAACCUGUAAUUGAAGAAAUGCUAAAAGCAGGGAUCCUGCGUGAGUGCCCUGAUGCAUCAUGCAAUACCCCCAUCUUCCCAGUAAAAAAGGCUGAUGGGCAGUCAUGGAGAAUGAUUCAAGACUUAAGAGCAGUAAAUGAUGCUGUACAAAGCACAGCCCCAACAGUACCAGAUCCACACACGUUAAUGAACGGCCUUAAGCCAAAUAUGGCAUGGUUCUCAGUGAUAGACUUGAGCAAUGCCUUUUUCUCCAUUCCUGUAGAAAAAGACUCACAAGGAUGGUUUGGGUUCACACAUGAAGGAACAAAAUACACAUACACCAGAUUACCUCAGGGGUAUGUGGAUAGCCCAACAAUCUUUUCACGAGAAAUAGCAAAUUGUUUGGCUACAUUACAGAUACCUGACACAUCGCAGAUGUUGGUAUAUGUAGAUGAUAUUCUUGUUGCGUCACCCACACAGGAAGAAAGCACAAAAGUCACACUACAAGUAUUGACACAUUUGGCCAAAACAGGAAACAAGGUUUCAAGACAGAAACUUCAGUUUGUGAAAGAGGAAGUGAUCUUUUUAGGCCACAAUUUAAACCGAGAAGGGAGACGCAUACACUCAGAGAGGAAACAGACGGUGUUAAACGCACCAAAGCCAACAACAAAAAAACAAAUGAUGCAAUUCCUUGGGCUGACUAACUAUUGCAGAGCAUGGAUUCCAGACUACGCAGGAAUGACUCAGCCCCUACUAGAUUGCAUAUACUCAGACAAUGACAUGAAAAUGUCCGGCAAGAUAGAAUGGACACAAGAGGCAGAAGCUGCAUUUGAAAGGACUAAACAGUGUCUCGUAGGGUCAUCAGUGUUAGCAUUACCAGACUAUGAAAAACCAUUUGUACAAACAGUUGACUGCAAAAAAGGGUUUAUGACAUCAGUAUUGGCACAAAAACACGGCACAAAACUAAGGCCUGUCGCUUACUACUCUAAAAGGUUAGACCCAGUAGCACAAGCAUUACCAGUAUGCGUACAAGCAGUAUGUGCGGCAGCAAUGGCGGUACAUUGUACAGCAGAAAUAGUUUUGUUCCACCCACUCACACUGAUGGUUCCACACGCAGUCACCAUGUUGUUACAUGACACCAAAAUGGCUUUCUUAUCACCUGCACGUUAUUUGGCACUGACAGCUACACUAAUGUCACAACCACACAUUGUGAUAAAAAGAUGUAAUAUCUUAAAUCCAGCCACAUUAAUACCUACAGCAGAAGAUGGAGAACCACACUGUUGUAAAGAAGAGACUGACAGAACAUGCAAACCAAGACCAGAUUUGAAAGACAUACAACUACUCAGUGGCGAAACAUGGUUUGUGGAUGGGUCCUGUUCUAAAUCUAUAACAGGCCAAAAUCAAACAGGGUUUGCAGUUGUAUCACACUCACAGGUCAUAAAAGCAGGCCGACUCCCCCACACAUAUUCUGCACAAGCAGCGGAAUUAGUAGCUCUUACAGAAGCAUGCAAAGCGGGGGUUGGAAAAGAUGUGACUAUGUGGACAGACAGCCAGUAUGCGCACUCAACAGUACAUAUAUUUGCAGCCCAAUGGGCCCGCAGGGGCAUGAAAACAUCAACAGGAAAACCAGUCACCCAUGCACAGCUGCUGACUGAUCUUUUAAAAGCGGUGUUGUUGCCGAAAAGCAUUGCUAUAUGCAAAUGCGCUGCGCACACCAGUGGGAAGGAUGCAGUAACACUUGGCAAUGCACACGCGGAUAAGGUAGCGAAGCUAGCAGCUAUGGGCGAAUAUGGGUUCCAUAUCCUCUUGCAGAAGGGGGAAAGUGUUUCACAACCAAUACCUCUUGUGAUAUUAAGGGAUAUGCAGAACAACGCACCCGACAGAGAAAAGAAGAAAUGGUUGACAGAUGGAGCAACCACAGACCCUGAGGGAACAUUCAGAAUAAACAACAAGAUAGUACUCCCUGUUAGUCUCUACAAAACAGCAGCUCAUUUGAGUCAUGGGCCGUGCCAUGUCUCAACAGGAGGGAUGGUGACAAUAAUAAAUGAACAUUUCCAUACAUACAACUACAUUACAUUUUCUAAAAACUUUUGUAGAGCCUGUGUAGUAUGUUGCAGACACAAUGCUCAAGGCAAUGAGCGACCACAGAGAGGAAAGUUCCCUCCACCAACAUACCCAUUUCAACACAUGCAUAUGGACUUCAUCGAACUAACACCAUGCCAAGGGUACAAAUACUGUUUGGUAAUGAUAUGUCCGUUUUCAAAGUGGGUUGAAAUAUUCCCAGCAAAACAUGCAGACGCUAUUACCGUAGCAAAAGCCAUAUGCAAGACAAUAAUACCAAACAGAGGUAUUCCAGAGAAACUGUACAGUGAUAAUGGGUCUCAUUUUGUAAAUCAGGUUAUUACCAAACUGUCCGAACAUAUGGGGAUAACAUUAAAAAACCAUUGUGCAUAUCAUCCACAGAGUGCAGGCUUAGUGGAAAGAACAAACGGAACAGUAAAGUUAAGACUAAGGAAAACAGCUGAAUGGAUGAGCAGACUCUUCAGAAGCAAUGAGAUAGCUCGAACAAAUAACCUGCCAGACAUUUCUACUCCCUUGCAGGACACUCGCGUGCAGACUGGUGACCAGGUCCUCGUGAAGGUGAUUAAGAGGAAGCAUUGGCACUGUCCACGGUGGGACGGUCCCUACACGGUACUGCUGACAACACCGACUGCACUAAAAAUCGCCGAAAGAACUACGUGGAUACAUCAGAGCCACUGCAAAAAGAUAAUACCUCUCCAACUUAACGAUGGAUAAGUGGUGGAAGUCCGGCUACAAAGGGCGGUGUUUCAUUAGGAAAUACUGGUCUCAACCCCGGUGAAGAAAACAACAGAACCACUAUCACAAAUAGACUAUGUUGGGAAAGGUGUUGUUUGUAGUGACCCUGCUGGGUCUGACGCUAAUGACUAUAAGACAAUUGAGUGAGGAAUCCUCAACAAAAAAAAAGGUCCAUCGAGAGAAAAAAUGGUCAUUACUCAACGAUGACCCAUGGAACCACAACGACAAAACUGCACGCUCACCUAGGAUGACAAAUGCCUGGUAUGCCUAUGUCCAUCAACUUGUUACAAAGACAGGGCGUUCAAAUUGUUAUGUUUGUUCCCACAUGCCAUGGUCAACUGGACAAGUAACUCUGUAUGGUAAAAGGAUGAGUAAAUCACAAGCUAAAUGUUUUGCUACCAUGGGAGGUGUAGGAUACCAGCACUCAGGGAUAAAAGUCAACGAUGUGAAUCCAUAUGCCCCAGGUUUAAGCAAUGGCACUUGUAAUAAGAUAUUUUGGGUGAACUUUAACAUGACAGUGCCACGUAAAAUGACAGGACAAAAGGUAGUCAUGCCAAAUAAUGAAGCUAUACACCCUAUGUGUUACAGUCAGACAGAAGGUUCUGUACCAAUGGGAAACACCACUGGUUGUAACCAGACACUUGUUAAUGGCGAAGGGGCUCCAGUCUAUUUGAGCAAACAAUCUAAUGGUACAUGGUGGGUACAAGGAGGAUGGUGGCUGUGUGGCAACAACGCUUAUCCAGUUCUGCCAAUAAAUUGGACAGGCACGUGCGCACCAAUAUUUGUUAGCGACCACACCUUCGUGAUAGACAUAGAACCACACCUUAACCACACCCGCAGGAGGAGAAAUGCCAUGCCUGCCUUCAAAAAACAUGAUUCAGUAUGGGGAAAAGAUGUCCCUGAUGAAUUCAAACACUGGUCCACCAGUGGAAAGGUAAUAUUAGCAUUGACUCCUGCCUUAGGCGUAGUGAAGAACAUGUUGAGACUCGAAACCCUUGAUUACCGGUUCGGCAUGUUUGUAAAUAAUUCCAUCGUUGUAAACGAACAACAGAACCUCGAACUAGACUCACUCAGAACCAUGGUGCUACAGCACCGCAUGGCCCUUGAUCUACUCACUGCCUCAGUAGGAGGUACGUGUAUCCUUUUGAACACAAUCUGUUGUACAUAUAUCACCGACAAUGUCCACUCCCAAAACAUGACAGAUGCAAUGGCUACUCUCAAAGCCCUACAGACAGCUAUGGGCCAAGACAGACAUGCCUCUCUUGAGACCGGAUGGUUCAAUUGGCUACUCUCAGGGAGCUGGGUUCAAAAGCUCGUGAUGGGAUUUGUUGCAAUCAUAUGUGUUGUCAUCCUUGUGUGCUGUGCUAUGGCUUGUAUUAUACCAUGUGUUAAAGCUAUGGUUGGUAAAAUAGUUACCAACACUCUUGUCCAAUAUACGAUGUUGCAACAGACAGAUAACGAUGACUAUACUGACACAGACCCCUCUCAGAAGGACGAAUAUACUCACCUAACCUCCAAUGUGUAAGACUUAAAGCUAGGUUACUGUCUGUCAUAUGACGAAUGGUUCGAAAAUGUCAAAAACAAGUGAAUUAAUUCUGAAAGUAAUAAAGACACUGUAACCAGCUAGUAAUUAUGAAAAACAGGAGGGAAUGUUAGAGUUUAUUGAAGGAUAAACGUGUUUUCAUAAUAUGUUGUCAUUUUAUGUUGUAAAGAGACCAUAGUCAGAAAAGAGGAACAGAGAAUAGUCUGUUCCCCUUUUCUGUGGACCAUACACACACACACACACAUGAUUGCGAGUCACAAGACUCCCAUUGACAAAUAAAGCCGUUGGUUACAUACACUUCCUCAUGCAUGAUUUGUAACUGUAUUUUUGUAAUAAAGAGACUGCACUGAGAGAAGAGGAGCAGAGUUGGUUUUGGAGUUGACAUAACCUGUCACUCGCUGAUUCUCCUUGCAGCAAGUAAACUUGAAA